AUGAUUACCACCAUUGCCAAUGAUUCCGAGAAUUCAAUCUCAAGAUUUCGGAGUAUGAUUACCACACUCCCCCAUGCCGUCUUCUUGAUGAAAAAGUCCUCAGGGAAGAGCGUUUGGAUUGGUAUCAGCAUCGUAGCUACAGCUCUGCUCGCUUCUAUACGAGCUUAUGCAAUUAGAAAGUCUAGAGAUAACCGACCUUCUGGCUCUGUUUCUGAUCUUGUUAGACGUGGUAAGCUGAGAUCUGGUGAUAGAAGAGGCAUAAGCCUGUUGAUGACAAGAUCAUGGAGAUUGCUUCCCUCGAGAAGUUCCUUCAGGAGAGGAUCAAAUUCGGUGGUAAAGCUGGUGCACUUGGUGAUUCUGUCACAAUCACUCGUGAGAAGAGUCACUUCUGAUGGCCAGUUCUCCAAGAGGUAUGUGAAGUACUUGACAAAGAAGUACUUGAAAAAUCACAACGUGAGGGAUUGGCUGAGAGUGAUUGCGGCCAACAAGGACGGUAACCUCUAUGAGUUGAGGUACUUCAGCAUUGCUGAGAACGAGGGUGAGGUAGAAGACUAG